UAACAACUAUAAUAAAAAAUAGAGUAUGACGUUAAUCGUUGAAAUAAUAUUGUAAUAUGUGAUAUCUGGAUGACCUUGAUGACCUCGUAAUAGUUGUUCUGAUAAAAAAAUUAUAACAGAAAAAUAAAAAAUAUUAGUAUUUUGCAAUAUAAUCUACAAUUACUGAUAUCUUACGAGGUUACAUUAUUUUCAUCUAAAAAACUUGCUGGGGGGUCUAAUGUGUAUUUAAUUUACAAUAUCAUUAAAACUAAGCGACGACGACGACGACCAUCAUCAGAAGAUUGUAACCACGCGGUAAAAAGAGUAAUAUAUAGUGUUCUUAAUUUUUAAUUAGUAUUUGAUUUUAUAAAUAUUUAUAUUAUGGCUAUAAUAAAAUUUUAUAAACUACCUGGAUUAAAAUCAGCCCAAUUGAAUAAAAAAUUAAAUGAUAUCAAUAAAUUAUCAAGUAUAGUAAGUGAUCUUAAAACUGAAUUAUGCUAUUACAUUGAAGUUAAAGAAAAAUUAAAUGAAAAAGAAUUAAACUUAUUACAAUGGCUAUUGAAUUCGCCCAUAGAAACAGAUACACUAAAAAAUGUUAGCGUAUUUGAUAAAGAUAAUAGUUCAACUACCGUUAUCGAAAUUGGUCCAAGAUUGAAUUUUUCUACUGCAUUUUCAAGCAAUGUAGUAUCCAUAUGCAAAUCGAUACAAUUGGAUAAAGUAACUAGAAUAGAAGUAUCAAUCAGAUUUUGUAUCGUACACAAUGGUACAUUGGACCAUGAUACAGAAUCUAAAAUUGUAGAUGUUUUACAUGAUAAGAUGACAGAAUGUAGAUACAUGAAACCUAUAGAAAGUUUUGAUCAUGGAUUUAAGCCUGAAAAAUGGUUUGAAGUAAAUAUAUUAAAAUAUGGAAAAAAAGCUUUAGAAGAAGUAAGCAGUCACUUAGGUUUGGCUUUUGAUGAUUGGGAUUUAGAUUAUUAUACAAAUUUGUUUCUGCAUAAACUUAAACGAAAUCCAACAAGUGUUGAAUGUUUUGAUUUGGCACAAUCAAACAGCGAGCAUAGUCGACAUUGGUUUUUUAAAGGAAAAAUGAUUAUUGAUGGGAAAGAAGAGGAGCGAUCUUUGCUCGAUAUGAUCAUUGAUACACAAAAUUAUUCAAAUCCAAAUAAUGUUAUUAAAUUUAGCGAUAAUAGCAGCGCUAUUAAAGGCUACGAAAUAAACUUGUUACGACCAAUUGAUUCGUCUAAAUGUAGUCACUUUAAUGUAAAGAAAGUUAAACAAGAUUUAAUAUUUACUGCGGAAACACAUAAUUUUCCAACUGGUGUUGCUCCAUUUAGUGGUGCUACAACAGGAACAGGAGGACGUAUUAGAGAUAUACAAGCUAUUGGUAGAGGAGGCUAUUAUAUUGCAGGAACUGCAGGAUACAGUGUUGGAAAUCUUCUCAUACCAGAUUAUAAUUUACCAUGGGAAGAAAAAGAAUGGCAUUAUCCCGGUAAUAUGGCAUCGCCGUUACAAAUUAUAAUUGAAGCAAGUAACGGAGCAUCUGACUAUGGAAAUAAAUUUGGAGAGCCAAUUAUAUCUGGUUUUGCACGUUCCUUUGGUAUGCUAGAUCACGAAAAUGUUAGAAGAGAAUGGAUAAAGCCUAUAAUGUUUACUGGAGGUGUUGGUACAGUAGAUGCAAAUAUGACAAAAAAAGAAAUUCCAGAAAAAGAUAUGGAAGUUGUAAAAAUUGGAGGACCUGUUUAUAGAAUUGGUGUUGGCGGUGGUGCAGCAAGUUCUGUUGAAGUGCAAGGUGAUAACAAAUCGGAUUUAGAUUUUGGAGCAGUGCAAAGAGGCGAUGCUGAAAUGGAACAAAAAUUAAAUCGAUUAAUUCGUGCAUGUGGAGAAUUAGGUACAAAUAAUCCAAUUCUCAGUAUUCAUGAUCAAGGUGCUGGAGGAAAUGGCAAUGUACUGAAGGAAUUGGUUGAACCAGCUGGAGCUGUAAUAUUUACAAAGAAAUUUGAACUGGGUGAUCCUAGUAUCAAUACAUUAGAAUUAUGGGGUGCAGAAUAUCAAGAAAAUGAUGCUAUUCUUUGUAAACCAAAAGACGUCGAUUUGCUCAAUCGAAUAGCAAAACGUGAAAAAUGCCCAAUAAAUUUUGUUGGAAAGGUAACUGGAAAUGGAAAAAUUAUUCUUUCGGAAGAUGAUAACUUUGAUUUAUCUAAAUAUGAACAAAAUAAUGUAAGGCAUCCAGUUGAUUUAGAACUUGAAUUAGUACUUGGAAAAAUGCCGCAGAAGACAUAUAAUCUUACAAGAAAACAGCUACAUUUAUCACCGAUCUGUUUGCCUAAUGACUUAACCGUGAAUUUAAUUCUCGAUAGAGUUUUACGUUUGCCUGCAGUUGCUAGUAAACGUUAUUUAGUAAAUAAAGUCGAUCGUUGCGUCACUGGAUUAAUUGCACAACAACAAUGUGUUGGCCCAUUGCAUACUCCUUUAGCUGAUGUUGCUGUAACCGCUAUUUCAAUGUAUUCGACGCAUGGAAUUGCAACAUCAAUUGGCGAACAACCGAUAAAAGGUCUUGUGAAUGCAUCUGCAGGAGCGCGUAUGACAGUGGCAGAAGCCUUGAGUAAUUUAGUAUUUGCUGCAAUUUCAGAUAUUAAGGAUGUUAAAUGUAGUGGAAAUUGGAUGUGGGCCGCAAAAUUGCCGGGUGAAGGCGCAGCUAUGUAUGAAGCGUGUAAUGCUUUAUGUUCUGUUAUGAAAGAAUUUGGUAUAGCUGCAGAUGGUGGUAAAGAUUCUCUUAGUAUGGCUGCACGUGUAGGAAAUAAUGUUGUUAAGGCACCAGGAACACUCGUUAUUUCUUGUUAUGCACCAUGUCCUGACAUACAAAAAGUGAUAACACCUGAUUUAAAAGGACCUUCAACUGGAAUGAAAGGACAUUUAAUUUAUGUUGAUUUAUCCAAUGGAAAAAGUCGUAUUGGUGGGACAGCUUUAGCACAAGUCUAUAAACAACUUGGUAACGAUGCACCAGACGUGGAUAAUGCAAGUUUAAUACAAAAUGCAUUUAAUGCUACACAAAAAUUGAUCAAAGAGGAAAAAAUAUUAGCUGGUCAUGAUAUAAGUGACGGAGGAUUGAUCACUUGUAUAUUAGAAAUGGCAUUUGCUGGAAUAUCUGGAUUGGAUAUUAAUAUUUCACAUAAAUCUGGAUCUCCUAUCGACAUUUUAUUUUGUGAAGAAGUUGGAUGGAUUUUAGAAGUAGAAGAAAAUAAUUACGAAUAUUUAAUGAAUGUAUUUAAACAAUUCAACGUUCCAGUAUAUUCGAUAGGAAAAUCUGUUGGUUUAGGAUUUCAAUCGAAGGUGACUUUUAAAGUAAAUGGAAAGAUAGUAUUAAAUACUACUAUCCAACCAUUAAUGUACAUGUGGGAAGAAACAAGUUAUCAACUAGAACGUAGACAAACUAAUAUUAAAUGCGCUCAAGAAGAAUUCAAUGGACUGAAAGAAAGAACUAUUCCUGAUUAUAAAUUAACGUUUGAUCCUGACUGUAAGCCUCAUUCGAUAGAAAAAUUGUUAAUCUCUAGUAUAAAAGUUGCUGUGGUUCGUGAAGAAGGUAUAAACGGAGAUAGAGAAAUGGCCGUGUCUUUGGAACAAGCAGGUUUUGAAGUUUGGGAUGUAACGAUGCAAGAUUUGUUAACCAGUAGUGUUACGCUCGAUAAAUUCAAGGGUAUUAUUUUCCCUGGUGGAUUUAGUUACGCAGACGUAUUAGGUUCUGCAAAAGGAUGGGCAGCAUGUUUGAAAUUUAAUCCUCUGUUACAAAAACAAUUAGAAACAUUUGUUAAUUCCAAAGACACGUUUAGUUUAGGAGUGUGCAAUGGUUGUCAAUUAAUGAGUUUGUUAGGAUGGAUUGGAAAAGAUAAUGGCUAUAAAGAAGAACCAAGUAUUGUCUUAGAUCAUAAUAUAUCAGAGAAAUUUGAAUGUCGAUGGAGUAAUGUUAAGAUAGAAAAAUCACCGUCCAUCAUGCUGCAAGGAAUGGAGGGCAGUGUAUUUGGUGUAUGGGUCGCACAUGGUGAAGGAAGAUUUACAUUCCGCAACAGCGAAUUAUUGCGAACGCUGAAAGAAUUAAAUUGUCUUGCUAUUAAAUAUACUGAUGAUUGUGGUAAUACCACUGAAAAAUAUCCGUUCAAUCCUAAUGGUAGUAUAGAGGGUAUAGCUGCAAUAUGUUCAGCGAAUGGUCGACACUUGGCUAUGAUGCCGCAUCCAGAAAGAUGCACACAAAUGUGGCAAUGGCCUUGGAAACCUGUAGAAUGGAAAUAUGAAAGGUCCCCCUGGCAACGUAUUUUUGACAAUGCGUAUGUGUGGUGCUUAUCACAAAAAAAUUGAAUGUAUAAAAAUGCUAGAGAAUGUUACAUGAAUAUGUAUGAUGUCAUCAAUGAGUUUAGAAUAUUUGUAAGAAUAAAUUCAUUAUCUAUAUAUCAUCAUAUGUAUGUAAGAUUUACUUUCUUUUGCAAAAAAAAAAAAAAAAAAACUUUUUUCUAACAUUCUCGAUAAAUUUAAGAUUUAUGUAAGUUUUGUUACUUUCUAUUUUCAGUAAUUAUCACUAUAUGGUCAAAUGUGUAUAUAAUAAAAAGAUUUUGAAAAAGAA